CUCUCUCCACAAACUGCCCAGGAGUGAGUAGCUGCUUUCGGUCCACCGGACAGACCGGACAGACAGACGUGCGGACGGCCCACCACCCCAGCCCGCCAACUAGCCAGCCUGAGCCUGGUGCCUCCCCUCUCCAGGCCCAUCCGCCAUGUGGCCCCUGUGGCUCCUCACGUCUCUGCUGGCCCUGAGCCAGGCCCUGCCCUUUGAGCAGAGGGGCUUCUGGGACUUCACCCUGGACGAUGGGCCGUUCAUGAUGAAUGAUGAGGAAGCUUCGGGCGCCGACACCUCGGGCGUCCUGGACCCGGACUCUGUCACACCCACCUACAGCGCCAUGUGUCCUUUUGGCUGCCACUGCCACCUGCGGGUGGUUCAGUGCUCCGAUCUGGGUCUGAAGUCUGUGCCCAAAGAGAUCUCCCCUGACACCACGCUGCUGGACCUGCAGAACAACGACAUCUCUGAGCUCCGCAAGGAUGAUUUCAAGGGUCUCCAGCACCUCUACGCCCUCGUCCUGGUGAACAACAAGAUCUCCAAGAUCCACGAGAAGGCCUUCAGCCCCCUACGGAAGCUGCAGAAGCUCUACAUCUCCAAGAACCACCUGGUGGAGAUCCCGCCCAACCUGCCCAGCUCCCUGGUGGAGCUCCGCAUCCACGACAACCGCAUCCGCAAGGUGCCCAAGGGCGUGUUCAGUGGGCUCCGGAACAUGAACUGCAUCGAGAUGGGCGGAAACCCACUGGAGAACAGUGGCUUUGAACCUGGAGCCUUCGAUGGUCUGAAGCUCAACUACCUGCGCAUCUCAGAGGCCAAGCUGACUGGCAUCCCCAAAGACCUCCCUGAGACCCUGAAUGAACUCCACCUGGACCACAACAAAAUCCAGGCUAUCGAACUGGAGGACCUGCUCCGCUACUCCAAGCUGUACAGGCUGGGCCUGGGCCACAACCAGAUCCGGAUGAUCGAGAACGGGAGCCUGAGCUUCCUGCCAACCCUCCGGGAGCUCCACUUGGACAACAACAAGCUGGCCAGGGUGCCCUCGGGGCUCCCAGACCUCAAGCUCCUCCAGGUGGUCUAUCUGCACUCCAACAACAUCACCAAAGUGGGUGUCAACGACUUCUGUCCCGUGGGCUUCGGGGUGAAGCGGGCCUACUACAACGGCAUCAGCCUCUUCAACAACCCCGUGCCCUACUGGGAGGUGCAGCCAGCCACCUUCCGCUGCGUCACUGACCGCCUGGCCAUCCAGUUUGGCAACUACAAAAAGUAGAGACAGCUGCAGCCACCGCGGGGCCUCGGUGGGUUUUCUCUGGGGAACACAGCCAGACAUCCUGAUGGGGAGGCAGAGCCAGGAAGCUAAGCCAGGACCCAGCUGCGUCCAACCCAGCCCCCCACCUCAGGUCCCUGACCCCAGCUCGCCGCCCCAUCACGGCCUCUCCCUGGCUCCCAAGGGUGCAGGUGGGCUCAAGGUCUGGCCCCCAUCACAUGCUCCCUCCGCCUCAGAGCUGCCCCUGUUCUCCCACCACAGCCACCCCGGAGGCACCCCAUGAAGCUUUUUUCUCAUUCACUCCCAAACCCAAGUGUCCAAGGCUCCAGUCCUAGGAGAAUGGUCCCUGGGUCAGCAGCCAGGAGGUGUUCCAUAAGAAUGGGGACAGUGAAUUCUGCCAGGGCUGCUGCACCUGUCCAGACACGCAUGUUCUGUUCCUCCUCCUCAUGCAUUUCCAGCCUUUCAGCUCUCCCCACUGCCGCAGCUCCCCUCAGCCCCC